AUGCCGAGCUCGUGGGUGCUGGUGCUGGCGGUGCUGGGGGGGGCCUGUGCCCUCCCCACCCCGGCGUCCCUCUCCUACGUCGAGGCGCUGGCGCAGGCCGUGGAUUCCUACAACCAGCAGCCCGAGGUGCAGAACGCCUUCAGGCUGCUCAGCGCGGAGCCCGAGCCCGCCCCGGGCGUGGAGCUGAGCUCGCUGCGGACACUCAACUUCAGCAUGAUGGAGACGGAGUGCGCCGCCAGCGCCCGCGCCAACCCCGACGAGUGCGACUUCAAGGAGAACGGGGCCAUCAAGGAGUGCUCGGGGCCGGUGCGGUUCCGCCAGGACUCCCCCGAGAUCGACCUGCGCUGCUCCGACGCUUCCUCCGACCCGGUUCUGGUCCAGCGCGGCCGCUUCGGGCGCUUCCUGAGGAAGGUCCGGCGCUUCCGGCCCAGGGUCAAGUUCGACGUCCGCCUGAAGGGCACCGUGGGGCUGGGCUGAGCAAUAAAGAGGCCACCGGGGGUGGCCGUGCAGGCA